AUGUCAGAUGGUGGGAACUCAACGUGUCUUAAGGAUAAACCGAAGGAAGACGAAAUCAGUCUUGCAGAAAUACUGCGGAAUCUGGGCAUAAAGAUUGUCUAUUCCAUCAUUGGAGACAAUCCCGACAAAGAUAACAUUGACAAGAUCACCGGAGAUUCCAAGCUUAUUAUCAGUCUGGGUGAUUUGAUUAAACUACUGGAAGAGAUCAUAAAAUCUCAGCAAGUGUCCGUCAGGACAUCAAGAAGUAGCAGUACCAGUUCACCAACAACUAGCAGCGAGUUGCGCACCGAGUAG